UGAAAUAAAGCUGAUAAAUGAUUUGUUGACAUUAUUCAAAGUUUGAGUCUUUUAUUGUAACUCAUUAUUUAACUGCAGUGUCAGACAGAACCAGGUGGAAACAUAAAAACAGAUAUGGUCGUAGUUAAAUAACCAAAGUUAUUUAUUUUUUACACUGGAGCUUGUUUCUUUUCAUUUUAUGUAACUGCAGCACAUUAACUGUUCCCCUGUUGUCACCAAGCCGCCCUCAUGCAUGGACACAGACGUUACACAACAGCCCCCUCCACUGGUCAGAAAAUAACUGUAAUCUGUAAAACCUUGUGAUCAGGUGAAUGCUGUCUCUGUCAUCCUGUUAUUCUCACAUUAUGUAACUUUGGGCUCCGGGUCAGGAGAACUACGUAACGCUUUACGACACUGACCUGCAAAAUCUCUGUUUUACAGAUUAUAUUAAAAUGUUUAAAUGUAUGUUAGUGUUCAAAGUUUGGAGUCUCCUGCCACAAAAGCUUGAUAUGUUUGAAUGUUCUUUCAUGCGUUUAGGAAAGUCCUCCUUACAGACAGUUGUUGUUAUGUCAGUAAAUCUGUUAUUUUCUAUGAAAGGUUUGCAGAGAAAAAAUCAUGUUUGUACAUUUUCUACAAGAACAUAGAUAUUAGAAACACAUACAAUAAUAAUGCUAAUGAUGGUCAAAAAUAAUAACUUUAAUAAGGACACCUAAAAAAGUUGUAUAGCACACUAAAUGAAAGCAGACAAUAUGUGUAAAAAUACAAUAAAAGGAAAGAAACAGUGUCUACACAACCUCAUAUCAAAAAAGACAGAAAUGAGCAAACUACAUCCACAUGAAAUCUGGACAACCCCCUCCCCUUCUUGCAGGAGCACAGCCCCAGCACCAACUGCACUGGGCAGAUUCACAGAAGAAGAGAAGAAGACGGUUAAGAACAUUCAAAAAAUCUUCAGAGAGGAAUCAGACAAAUACAGCAUGGUUUUCUUUACCCAUGGUGACCUGCUCAAAGGGAAACCUAUUGAGGACUUCUUGGCAGAAAGCGAGGCGCUUCAGGAACUUAUGGCCAAAUAUAACGGUCAGUAGGCAAUUGAAGAGGAGAAAGAACGAAUCCUGAAAGAGAAAGAAGAGGAAAUUUGCAAAGAGAGAGAGGAACUGGAGAAGAAAAUAAAGGAAAAGUAUGAGAAAGAAAUGAAGAAAGUGAAGUGUCAAAGAGAACCGUAAUAUACGAAAAUGAACAACUGAAAAGGAAAAAUGUAAGGCAGGCUAGGAGGGAAGCAGAACGCGGCAUUAUCUCACAACUGAUAGUUGAGUUGAUUAAAAAAGCAAUGAAUUAUUUUUUGUCAAAAUGAACUCUUUCACUUUGUGAUGAUGGACUGUGCAGCAGAUUAACGAACUAUAAUAUUGACUUUCCAGGUUUCGGGAUUCUCAUCUGGCAUGAUUUGAAAUAAUAGUAUUUACUUUAUGUGUAUUGCACAAGAAGAUUUAAAUGUUUAAUGUGUUUAUCCUCUCUUGUAAGGAGCUUCACAUCAUAGUACUGGAUUUUGUGGAUUUUAAUAUCUGUUUUUUUAUAUUUUUGAUCGAUAGAUUGUCUUUUGCCUUCACAUUUUUGCACUCUUAUAUUUGCACUUUUUCCGCUGCUGCUGCACAACAAAAUCCUUUGGGAUAAAUAAAGUUCAUAUCAUAUCUCAUCUCAUUUUAUUAACAAUCUAAGUCUUGAGAUCUGGUGCACAACAUUUAUAACAGAACUUGAGUAUCUUUAAAAAAACAUCUUUAAACUUUUCGUAUAGGGUCACGCUUACUGGCAUUAUUCAGAGGUUCAGUAUAUAAAGACGACUUUUAUAGUUCGACAAAAGUCGAUCAAACCUAACCUACCUAGUUCUUUGAGUUAAAGUUAGGUAAGUCAUAAGAUGGUCAUGUCAAGAAUAACAUGCAUGUCUGUAUCUUUAUUACAAUUAUUUGGUGAUGAAUCGCUCUGAUGCAUGAAUCAUGCAUGAAUAAUUUUACACAUUAUCCCUGAUGAUAAAGAUGCAGAAAACAGAAAUGCAGGGCAAAUCAUGUUUUCUGGGGAGCUUAUGUCUUAAUAAGAGUAGCCAAGGUUGUAUACUGUUGUACUGUAGUUUGUACCCUGGUUUAAUGCUUUUCAUUAUAUUUCAUUUCAUGCAACUUCAACACAUCAACUAUUCCCUUAUUGACACCCUCUAAUGGCCAGGAGUGACAAUAAAGUGUGAAAGACACAGCCAGAGAAAUCAAUUAGAUUACAAAUUAUCUUAAAAAUAAUCUCCAUACUCGACAGCACUGUGUCUGCUGUGGAAACAUUCAGAUUCCAGGGAUCCUGGAUUUCCCAGGACUCACAGGAGUCCAACAUAUAUGCAAGAGAUUUGAUUUAAUGAAAUGCACUGAGUGGAAACUUUACAUGAACAUGACAUCUACAUUAGAGUCUAUGGAUGGAGGGGAUAGUGGUCCAUGUAAGCGACGGUCCCUCUGCAGGCUCAAAGAAACUGGAAAAAAACAGUCUAGAAUGUGGAACUCUAAGUUCUUCUGUCCUUUACUAGGUCACCAGAUGGUCAAUCUCUCACCUGGAGGCAGACUCAUCCUGAGGGUGGUGUCAUCCACAGAAUUCAAGAGCUGGAUGGCUUGACAGGAUCAGGGGUUAUGGAGUUAAAGGUGGAGCUAAACAUAGGUAGUCUACAGUAGAAUAACUAGUUUCACUGUGCUUUGUUGUCAGCAUUGUGACAUAUGAUGUUGCAUAUGGGUGUGGUUUGGUGAAGGAAGCUUUUAUAUCAAGAGGUGUGUUUACAGACUUAAUCUUCACUUCAGCAGCAUACCUGCUCUGUCCUCUAAAAACCAAACAUGGCCAGCAAUGCCAAAGAAGCCAAACAUGAACCAACCACAUGCAAUGGUGGGGAGAUCAGGAUUGUGUUGGUGGGGAAGACUGGAGUUGGGAAGAGUGCCACAGCAAACACCAUUCUGGGGAAACAGAGAUUUAAAUCAAAGUUCUCCCCUAAAUCUUUGACCGUACACUGUGCUAGGGACUCUGGUGAGGUGGAUGGACAAAAGAUUGCUGUCAUCGACACUCCAGGUCUGUUUGACACCAGCACUGAUGAACAGACAACCACUGAACAUAUUGUCCAGAGCAUUUCUUAUGCUUCUCCUGGACCUCACAUCUUCCUGGUCGUCAUCAGACUGGGCAGAUUCACAGAAGAAGAGAAGAACACAGUUCAGAAGAUUCAAAAAAUCUUCGGAGAAGAAUCAGACAAAUACAGCAUGGUUCUCUUUACCCAUGGUGACCUGCUUGAAGGGCAGCCUAUUGAAAACUUCUUGGAAGAAAGCGAGGAGCUUCAGGAACUUGUGGCCAAAUGUAACGGUCAGUACCACGUCUUCAAUAAUGACCUGAAAGAUCGUUCUCAGGUCACAGAGCUGCUGAACAAGAUUAGAAAUAUAACUGAGAAGAAUGGAGGAAGCCAUUACACCACUGAAAUGUUCCAGAAAGCACAAAAAGUGAUCGAGGAAAAGAAAAAGCGAAUCCUGAGGGAGAAAAACGAUCAAAUGCGCAAAGAGAGGGAGAGACUUGAGAAGAAAAUACAGGAAGCACAAGAGAAUCUGACUGUAGUACCUCCAGGCUCCGUCUUUGGGUGCCCCCAACUUCAGAUCUCUUGUCCGGGUUGCCUAGCCCCUCAAAUGUCUCUUCUGGGUCCUUUUUCUUUUAGGUACCACUUAUGGCAGUAUAACAGACCUCUGAUGGUUGGAGGAUGUAUUGUCUUUCCUUUCAGAGGUCAAAAUACACAAAUGUGGAGAUCCAAGUUCAUGAAAUAUCAUAUAAUUACAAAUAUGACAAACUACAAAGACAUUAUGAAAAACUUCAGAGUACAUUCCAUGUAUUAAGUCCUCCAAAUAAAACAACAAAAUAUGUUUACUGCCUUUUUGUUCUGAUUACAUUACUUAUGAUCAAAAAUAGCCAGACAUCUUUGCGCAUGCAUCGUCAGCACACAAUGCAAGAUUCUCCGAGUCAGGUGACGCAGUCAAAAUGUAACUGAUAACUAAAACAGACAUCAUAUUGUGAACAGAGACUAAGAACUACAGUUCAAAGACAUGGCUUUAUGUGCACUCAUUUUAGAGAUUUAAAAGUAACAGGUGGCAUUUCUUGUAAAUGCUGAUGGGAGGAGUGAACAGGAAGGAAAGGAAGAACUAAAAACCACAAAGAUGCAGGAGGACUGGAUAUUCAAGCAGUGCUAGAUUAGAAAUAAAAUGGACAGUGGAGGGUGUGAAUUGUUUUUCCACUGCAAACAUUCCUCAUGUGUUCACUUGUUGUGUUGAAUGUUGACCCAAAUAACAAAGACUGAAACUAAAGACAUUACCUGUAUAUUUUUUUUAUACCCUAAGCUUUAACAUUGUACUCUUCAUUUGGGUGGCACAGUGUUGCAGUGUUAUACACUGUCUCCUCACAGUUGGACGUUUCUGGGUUGAGGGGUUUUGUAGAUCUCACUGGGGCCUGUAUGUGUGGAGUUAAUAUGUUCUCUCUGUGUUUCGGGGGGUACUCUCUGUGUACUCCAACUUCCUCCCACAGUCCACAGACAUGCAGGUGAACUCUGCACAAAUUUAGAUGCCGAGCUUCUAAUAUAAUCUACUUCCAAUGAUUGCUGAUUCCUUUAGCAUUGCACAGCAUUUAG